AUGAACCGAAGAGUACGCGCGCGGACGUGCGCGCGACGGUGCGUGGGGAAACUGAACCUGCCGGUGGUGCUGGUGCUCGGGAUGUACUCUUACGUGUACGAGACGACGAAGACGUACGCGUUUCACGAAGGACGCGCGGGAGGGCUGGCGGAGCUCGUCUUCGCGCUCACCGCGGGGCUGGGGAUGGUUAUGUAUGCGUGCACGGUGUUGAGAGAUCCGGGGAGGGUUCCGGGGGAUUACGUGCCCAAGGUUGAGGAGGGAGACGCGCUUGUGGAGGCGAAACGGAAAGGCGGGGGAUUUCGAUUUUGUCAAAAGUGCGAACGGCACAAACCGCCGCGGACGCAUCACUGUCGCGUGUGUAAGCGGUGCGUGUUGCGCAUGGAUCAUCACUGUGUUUGGGUGAAUAACUGCGUGGGGCACUAUAAUUACAAGAGUUUCUUCUUGUUUUUGUUUUACGCCACGAUUUCGCUGUGCCAAGCGGCGUACCAUCUCGGAAAUUUUGCGGCGAGUGAAAUCUUCAACCCGCGCGGGUCCAAGUUUGACGACUACAAAGCUUCCUCGCUCGUCAUCGGAUGUUUGGUGGUAACGUGCACGCUCACGAUCGCCCUCGCCGCACUCUUCGUGUGGCACGUGCGACUCGUGGUGAACAACAAGACGACCAUCGAGCACUACGAAGGCGUGCGUUCGAGAUACAACAACAUCCCCACCGUCGUCGAGCAUCCAUACUCGCUCGGUUUGCUCGCCAACUUGCGAGAGAUACUAGGUAGAAAUGUUUUGUUCUGGUUCACCCCGGGUUGCAAAAUUAGCGGCGACGGCACGCGGUAUCCGAAUGUUUUGGAAAUGUCGCGAGAGCGAUGGGACCGAACCGUUCGCACCAAGGAGCGCGAGCUCACGGUGCUCUAA